ACCUCGGCCAGUGACCACGUUUCAGCAUGCUGAGUCUAGUUUAUCGCUCUGGGUUCCAGCCCAUCAGCCAGCGUCUCCGGCCCUGGGUCCAGUCCACAGCCACCUCCAGAUCUCACCGCGUCCAACCUGCAGCCAUCAGCCAUGCUCGUUCCUGGAGCAACAUCCCUUUCAUCACGGUGCCCCUCAGCCGUGCGCAGGGCAAGUCCUUUGCACACCGCAGUGAGCUGAAACAUGCCAAGAGAAUCGUGGUGAAGCUCGGGAGUGCCGUGGUGACCAGAGGGGAUGAGUGCGGCCUAGCCCUGGGACGCCUGGCAUCCAUUGUCGAGCAGGUGUCGGUGCUGCAGAACCAAGGCCGAGAGAUGAUGCUGGUAACCAGCGGAGCAGUAGCCUUUGGCAAACAACGCUUGCGCCACGAGAUCCUUCUGUCCCAGAGCGUGCGGCAGGCCCUACACUCUGGGCAGAACCAGCUGAAGGAGAUGGCAGUCCCAGUCUUAGAGGCACGAGCCUGCGCAGCGGCCGGACAGAGUGGGCUGAUGGCUUUGUAUGAGGCCAUGUUUACCCAGUAUAGCAUCUGUGCUGCCCAGAUUUUGGUGACCAAUCUGGAUUUUCACGAUGAGCAAAAGCGCCGGAACCUCAACGGGACACUUCAUGAACUCCUGCGCAUGAACAUCGUCCCCAUUGUCAACACAAACGAUGCUGUGGUCCCGCCAGCUGAACCCAAUAGUGACCUGCAGGGGGUAAAUGUCAUUAGUGUUAAAGAUAACGAUAGCCUGGCUGCCCGGCUGGCCGUGGAGAUGAAAACUGACCUCUUGAUUGUUCUGUCAGACGUCGAAGGCCUCUUUGACAGCCCCCCAGGCUCAGAUGAUGCAAAACUCAUUGAUAUCUUUUACCCUGGAGACCAGCAGUCGGUGACAUUUGGAACCAAGUCCAGAGUGGGAAUGGGAGGCAUGGAAGCCAAGGUGAAGGCAGCCCUCUGGGCUCUGCAGGGAGGCACUUCUGUCGUCAUCGCCAACGGAACCCACCCUAAGGUGUCUGGGCAUGUCAUCACAGACAUCGUGGAAGGGAAGAAAGUUGGUACCUUCUUUUCUGAAGUGAAGCCUGCAGGUCCUACCGUGGAGCAGCAGGGAGAGAUGGCUCGAACUGGAGGAAGGAUGUUGGCCACUCUGGAGCCUGAGCAGAGAGCAGAAAUCAUCCACCACCUGGCUGACCUCUUGACGGACCAGCGUGAGGCGAUCCUGUCAGCCAACAAGAAAGACCUGGAGGAGGCAGAAGGGAGACUUGCAGGUCCACUGCUGAAGCGGUUGAGCCUCUCCACCUCCAAGUUGAACAGUCUGGCCAUCGGGCUGCGGCAGAUCGCAGCCUCCUCACAGGACAGUGUGGGCCGCGUUCUGCGUCGGACCCGCGUUGCCAAGAACUUGGAGCUAGAACAAGUGACCGUCCCGAUUGGAGUCCUCCUGGUGAUCUUUGAGUCCCGUCCUGAUUGUCUCCCCCAGGUGGCCGCCUUGGCAAUUGCAAGUGGUAAUGGCUUGUUACUCAAGGGAGGGAGAGAAGCCUCACACAGCAACCGGAUCCUUCACCUCCUGACCCAGGAGGCCCUCUCUGUCCAUGGAGUCAAGGAGGCCGUACAACUGGUGAAUACCAGAGAAGAAGUGGAGGACCUCUGCCGCCUGGACAAGAUGAUCGAUCUGAUCAUUCCCCGCGGCUCCUCCCAGCUGGUCAGGGACAUCCAGAAAAUGACCAAGGGGAUUCCGGUCAUGGGGCACAGCGAAGGGAUCUGCCACAUGUACGUGGACUCGGAGGCCAGUGUGGACAAGGCCACCAGACUCGUCAGGGAUUCUAAGUGUGAAUACCCAGCUGCCUGCAACGCCCUGGAGACUCUGCUCAUCCACCGAGACCUGCUGCGCACGCCGCUCUUUGACCAGAUCAUCGACAUGCUGAGAGUAGAGCAGGUGAAAAUUCACGCCGGCCCCAAGUUUGCUUCCUAUCUGACCUUCAGCCCUUCCGAAGUGAAGUCGCUUCGAACCGAGUACGGCGACCUGGAAUUGUGCAUCGAAGUGGUAGACAGUGUGCAGGAGGCCAUUGAGCACAUCCACAAGUACGGCAGCUCCCACACAGAUGUCAUCGUCACAGAGAACGAGAAAACAGCAGAGUUCUUCCUCCAGCACGUCGACAGUGCCUGCGUGUUCUGGAAUGCCAGCACUCGCUUCUCUGACGGCUACCGCUUCGGACUGGGCGCGGAAGUGGGAAUCAGUACUUCUCGAAUCCACGCCCGGGGACCAGUAGGACUCGAGGGACUACUCACCACUAAGUGGCUGCUCCGAGGACUGGACCACGUGGUAUCAGAUUUCUCAGAACACGGAAAUUUAAAAUAUCUUCAUGAGAACCUCCCAGUUCCUCAGAGAAACAUCAACUGAAAGCUUUCGAAGAGGUUUUCACCGUUGACCCUUGUCUUCAGCAUCUCAGGGGAGAAGCCUGGUCUGGUCUCCCUGCUCCUGGAAAGGCUUGGCUGUCGGAAAAGAGACUUAGAUGCUUCUGGGCUCAAUUUGGCAACAUUAGUCUCGGCUCGCACCACCACUACCAUCACCACCCCUGUUUUUUGAGGUUGUUAAGAAAAUAAUUGCUACAGGUAGGGGCCUGGCUUUGCCCAGUCCGGUUCCCAUUUGUGAUGAGAGCAUUGUCCUCUCGGAGGACAAUGAGGGAAUCAUGGCCACUAACAUCUCAGUGGGGCAAGAAGCCUGCUUGGCAUUUCGGUUGGUACGAGAGAGGUGAUCCCUCAUAAAUCUGUUCGUGUUUCUCCUCGUUCUCUCAUAGUCAUCUUCCAAAAGGCCAGAUGGAGGGGUUCAGGAGAGGGGUAGUCUCCUUGAAAGUAGUCACAAAAAUGGGCCGAGUCGUUCCCACAGCGCAGCGUGACCGUUUGUAUUUGUUUGUGGCGUCAGUAGAUAGGCGUUCCAGGUGCGUGUCGCCUCUCCUGGUCCUGGACACUCGGCGCUGCGGGUGACCUGGGGGGUACGCGGAGAUGCGACAGUGAGGUGCAAGCUUCAGACAUUCCCCACUUAGCCGGAGGGAUGCCAGCGUUGGCAUUUUGAAUUAUGCUUGAAAUUUUUAUAUGAAUUAUUUUAUCAUCGUAUCCUCCUUUCCCUCCAAAACAAAUUACAGGAGUAUUUUAAUAUUUUGGAAACACCACGCACACACACACACACACCUUUUGAGAAUAAAGUUGUUAUGAAAAGCC